GAUAUUUUAUUGCGAAUAUUUAAUAAAGAGCACUAACAAAACUAUUUUUAGAACAAUCUGGAGUAGGACGAAAUUUCCGAGCCACGAUGUAAAUGCGUUGACACCACGCGAACAGCAAAUGUAAAGUACAUCAGUAAUUGUUACAAUAUCGACUUAGAAAUACAUAUCUCUGUACAUAAAACAAGUAAUCAAACGCUGUUUUAUUGUAAUUUGAGCAGUGGAAAAUUUGUGUCUGUCUUUUAUAAUCGUGAUAAGUGUUGAACGAUGUUUUCUUUGUGUUUGAAAAGUGGGGUGAGAAAUAAAUUGGUGGGCAAGGUACAUCUGUCCGCGAGGAAAUUCACUGUCCAAGGGGUGAAUUUAGGCGGUCUGAAUGUAGACAAACGAAGCUUGGCCAGCAAUGAACGCAAGCAGCGUACCUUCACCGACAGGUCGCAGCUGAAGUAUGCCAGGAGACUGGUGGUGAAGCUGGGAAGUGCCGUCAUCACUAGGGAGGACGGCAACGGCCUCGCCUUGGGAAGACUAGCCUCUAUUGUGGAACAGGUAGCAGAAUGCCAUCACGAGGGCCGGGAAUGCAUCAUGGUGACCAGCGGGGCGGUAGCAUUUGGUAGGCAGAAACUGACCCAGGAAUUACUGAUGUCACUCUCAAUGAGGGAAACUUUGUCUACCACCGACCACACAAGAGAAGAUGCUGGAAGUAUCUUGGACCCUCGGGCCGCAGCUGCCGUGGGCCAGUCGGAGUUGAUGUCCAUGUAUGAUGCCAUGUUCUCCCAGUAUAACGUCAAAAUUGCUCAGGUUCUUGUGACGAAACCCGACUUCUACAACGAGGAGACGAGGAAGAACUUGUUCUGCACGCUAUCCGAGCUGAUCUCCCUGAACAUAGUGCCGAUAGUGAACACCAAUGAUGCCGUCAGUCCGCCAAUGUACAUACAUGAUGAUACUGUGGUACCUGGUACUGGGAAGAAGGGAAUUGGCAUCAAAGACAACGACAGUCUAUCAGCUUUGUUGGCGGCUGAAAUACAAUCAGAUCUAUUGAUCAUGAUGUCCGAUGUCGACGGAAUCUAUAACAAGCCCCCGUGGGAAGAUGGCGCUAGGAUGAUGCACACUUACACCUCCAAGGAACAGGUCCAGUUUGGGCAGAAAUCUAAGGUUGGAACAGGUGGCAUGGAUUCUAAAGUUAAUGCUGCAACCUGGGCUAUGGCUCGCGGAGUCAGUGUUGUUAUUUGCAACGGUAUGCAAGAGAAAGCCAUCAAAACCAUAAUUAGCGGCAGAAAAGUAGGCACUUUCUUUACCGACCACGUUACCAGUUCUUCCACAUCAGUUGAUGUAUUAGCUGAAAAUGCACGCACUGGUAGUAGAGUUUUACAGAAACUGACCCCUUCGGAGCGUGCAUCAGCUAUUCAUACGCUUGCUGACCUAUUAGUCGAUAAACAAGAUUUAAUUUUAGAAGCGAACUCGAAAGAUAUUAGUGAGGCAACUAAAGGAGGAUUAGCUAAACCUCUCUUGAAUAGAUUAGCUUUAAGUCAAGGAAAGCUAAAGACCUUAUCAGUAGGAUUAAAACAAAUAGCCGAUUCUAGUUACGAGAACGUAGGACGAGUUUUGAGAAGGACUAAAUUAGCAGAAAAUUUGACACUUCAACAAGUAACUGUCCCAAUUGGUGUUCUAUUAGUUAUAUUCGAAUCUAGACCAGAUUCACUACCACAAGUUGCUGCCUUAGCAAUGGCAUCGGCUAACGGUCUUUUACUGAAAGGUGGUAAGGAAGCUGCUCACUCAAAUAGGACUUUAAUGGAUUUAGUAAAAGAGUCACUAAGGACUGUUGGUGCAGAUGAUGCUAUUUCUCUAGUUUCUACAAGAGAGGAAAUCAGUGAUCUGCUAUCUAUGGAGAAACACAUAGAUCUUAUUAUUCCACGAGGCUCAUCAGAUCUCGUUAGAAAUAUUCAGAAGCAAUCUCAACACAUACCUGUGCUUGGUCACGCUGAAGGUAUUUGCCACGUCUAUUUGGACAAAGACGCUGACCCUUCGAAAGCGAUUAAGAUUAUCCGCGAUGCUAAAUGCGAUUACCCAGCCGCCUGUAAUGCAAUGGAAACUCUUCUAAUUCACGAGGAUCAUCUUAAUAGCUCUCUGUUCACUGACAUUUGCAAUAUGCUUAAACAAGAAGGUGUGAAGAUUCACGCCGGUCCGAAACUAGCGAGUCAUCUAACUUUUGGUCCUACACCAGCGAAGACUAUGAGACAUGAAUACGGAUCUUUGGAAUGCUGUAUUGAAGUAGUCCAAGACUUUGACGAAGCCGUUGACCACAUUCACAAAUACGGAAGUUCACAUACAGACGUCAUCAUCACAGAAAAUGGUGAAAUGGCGAAACGCUUCCUAAACUCCGUGGACAGCGCGUGUGUCUUCCACAAUGUGUCGUCCCGCUUCGCUGACGGGUUCCGCUUCGGAUUGGGCGCCGAAGUUGGUAUUUCUACGGCCAGGAUUCACGCAAGAGGUCCAGUAGGCGUAGAAGGACUUCUAACGACCAAAUGGAUCUUGGAAGGCACUGACCACACCGCAGCCGAGUUCAACGAGGGCAAAAGGCAGUGGCUUCAUGAAAAAUUGCCAGUCAAUUGACUAUAUAAAGCAAUUAGAAGACAUUUCUGUAAAUUUAAAACUAUCGUCUUGAAAACGUAAUGUUACUAAGUGAAAAAAAAAAAUUUUGGUUUAAAAAAGUAAAAUUGAACGUUUCUAGAACAAGUAAGUAAAAGUUUGUAAUAUUAAAGUACAAAAACAAUGCAAAAAAAAUGUAAAAAGAUUAAAAAGAAACAAAUAACGUACCUACCUAUUGUAUAUUUUAUAUAUAAAUUUAUAAGUAAGAAAUAUGAACAUGUGAUUUUUUAAAAGAUAAAAUAUAUUUUUGUACAAAUAUGUCAUUUAAGUAAUGUUAAUUUAUGAUGAAAUUUUAUGUUAUAUAUAGGUACAUAUAAUAAGGGUCCAAAAAUUUUAAUUAAAUGAAAUGGAAUAUAACUUAAGAAUUGUUUUGUAAAGUAGUCCUCUUAGCGUUUGUCCACGGUUCAUUCCUUUCUCGGACUAAAGUCCGUCUGUAACCAUAACCUUUUUUUAUAUCAAAGGGGAAGUUCUUUUUACGGAGUACCCCCCGGGUCUUCAGAGUGUGUGACUCCUGGUACCGAGUGUGCCAGCCUACCGCACUUAAUGUUGGGGAUGACCAAAAUGUUUCUCUUAUUUUUAAUGUAAUUUUU